UAUUUUUACCGCUUUCCGGUCUCACCAACAUCACACCGUUUAGGGCUGAUGAUUUGACUUUGAUAUCACAUUUCCUUGCAGUUUACAUGAUUGCUCUUUGACAUUCGCAUAGCGUGAGCUUGAACUAAUUAUCCCAGAGAAAAGAAUUUGCUCCCCUAUAAGCGAAAUCCCCCGGAUUGCAUUGCGGAAAAAGAAGAUUCAAGUAAGCGUCUCCGCAUGAUUGGACUUAUUUAAGAGAUUGGAAGCGAGACAUGAGAGGAAACCAAGGGGCCAUGAGAAAUUAGUCAACGUGAACUAAGACUAACCCCUGCCUGGAUCAUAUCCAAACGUAAAACCGCGACAGAUACCAAGAGCUGAUAUGCAAAACAAGUGAAAGGUUGUUAAGAAAUACCGACUUUGAUAAGGGAGAAAAUGGUCGAGUCUUGUGAUCUCAUAGAAACAAGUCUGCGAUAUGUAAGUUUCUUGAGGCAAGUCUAUAUCGCGAAUUGUGCGCUCAACGCCAUCUUUGCGGUGACAGCAAUUACGGGUAACCUUUUAGUUCUGUUUUCAAUUUGGAAAUGUCGUCUCUUAAGCGAGCCCUCGUAUUUCUUGCUCGGAGUGCUGGCCCUGACGGACCUAGCAGUCGGGAUAAUUGUCCAGCCGCUCUAUGUACUUUAUAAGACCUCAGAGAUCCUCGGUAUGGCAAGUAUUACUUGUGUCACUGGCGUCGCAACUAAUAUCUUCGGGAAUUUGUUCUCUGGGAUGUCCUUUCUGACUGUCACGUUCAUCUGGGUGGAUCGGUAUUUGGCGUUACACUUGCACUUGCGUUACAAAGCUAUGGUCACGUCAUCCAUGUACUCAAAAGUCAUCACAGGAUUAUUCAUGGUACUCUGUCUGUUUGUUUCGUUCUAUCCAUGGAAGAUUGGCGUCGCAAUUAUUUUCAGCAUCAUCAUCGUUCCAGUCUGUCUCAUAACGUCGACUGUUGCUUACUGUAAAAUAUUCGGUAUUUUACGAAGACAUGUGAAUGUUAUCCACAGCGAAGCAAACCUUGGGGAAAUAACGGACAACGCUCGCGCUGAAAGCGUUCUAAAGUAUCGCAAAUCUGUGCUUGGAAUCGUCUACGUCCAAGUGUUUUUUCUUGUGUGCUAUACGCCGUAUUUCGUGGCACUUGUCAUCCGGACGAUCUUAGGCGUGUCACCAGAAUGGAAGCUAGCCUGGAAUAUAACGACUACGGUUAUCUAUAUCAACUCCUCUAUGAAUCCGUGUUUGUUUUGUUGGAGAAUGAAAGAUAUCAGAUCAGCUGUUAUAAAAACGGUUAAAGGUUUUCGUGGACCCAGAGAUAGAAGUGAAUCGAGAAUUUCUCGCAUUUCCCCUAGAGACUCUAGAAGUAAUACACUGAACCCAGAAUACGUAAAAACCAAACAUGAUAACCAAGCCCAAACAUGAUAACCAAGCCCUAUUGGC